ACAUAGGUCCUGUUGCUGAGGAAUUCUGUCUCUCAAUAACCCAUUUAAAAUGAACCAAAUUAGAAAUAAAACAACUUAAUAUCAUUUGUGUUUUGUUUUUGUUCUUUGUUUUGUUUUGUAGAACGCGUUUUCAGACCACUUCAGCCUCAAACACCUGAACUCGCUAGCCGUCCUGCUCUGUUAUCGACUAGUCAGGCUGUUUGUAGUUCUGACGGCGGCUCUUUGGUUUCACUUUUAAGCAGGAACGCAGAGGAAUUCCCGGAACUAAAAGCUAGCGCUGCGCUUAGAUUUUACACCAGUUUUUGGUAACCCUUUAACUCCAAUUGUUUUUGUUGAUGUUGAGAGCGAAUUGGGUGUAUAAAGUUGUUUUUUGAGGGGUGAAACGUGUGGCUGAUGUUACGAGGGCUGAGUUUGUCUUGUCCAAACUUCGGGAAACGUUAAGCUAGUUCAUAUCUUCAGGCUGUCGAGGUGUUUUGAAAGGUGCGGAUGGCUGAUUCGCCGCUCCAGUCAUUCGGGAUGGCCACCGCGCCACAGUCUUCGCUUCAGAUGAGAUCGUCCGACCUUAUCAAAAAAGAGCCCCUGGAUUACGGAGGAUUUGGAGAAGUUUACCUGUGCUACCACGCUACCCUCGGCCAGGUGGUGUUGAAAACUAUAUAUACAGGCCCUAUUCGCAACGAGGACAGUAAAAGGUCACUGCUUGAGGAGGGGAGCAUUAUGGCAAGUCUGAACCAUGAACGUGUGGUCAAGUUGCUGGGUGUUAUCAUGGAGGACAGAGACUGCUCGCUAGUCAUGGAACUCAUCCCCCGAGGCAACCUGUUGGUCAUGCUAGAGACGGUCUCUGUGCCAAUAUCCAUCAAGGGCAGAAUCAUUGUAGAGAUUUUGGAGGCAAUGAUGUAUCUCACACAGAGACAUGUCAUACACAAGGACAUCAAGCCAGAAAACAUUUUAGUGGACAAGGAUUUUCACAUCAAGAUUGCAGACCUCGGCCUCGCCACCUGCCAAACAUGGAGUAAACUCACAAAGGAGGAGUCUCGCAGGAGGAGUCACAAGGGGCGAACAUCUGGUGUGAGAGGUGCCGGCACACUGAGCUACAUGGCCCCCGAGCACCUGGAGAGUAUAAAUACAGCCUCCACCGAGAAGUCUGACGUCUACAGCUUUGCAAUCGUGGUUUGGGUCAUCCUCACAGGGGAAGAGCCGUAUGCAAAUGCCAGGAGUGAAGACCAUAUAUGCCAGUGCGUCCGAAACGGUGACCGACCAGCAGAAGACCUUAUUCCAGACUACACGCCUUCAGAGAUGAUUCAGCUGAUGAAGAGGUGCUGGCAUCAUGAUCCUGUACAGCGGCCAGCCUUUAAAAAGAGUUACGACGACUUCUUUCCUUUCUACAAGGAAAAGCUUGAACCACACGUAGAAGAAAAUUUACUUGAUCUAAUGAAUUCGUAUGAAGGCCCAGACGACCUUGUUGAGAAGAUGAAAUCUUUAACAGUGACUCAUGAAUGUUUUUUGGCAGAUUGCCCAGCUCCUUUGGUGAGUUCAGACACAAGUGUAUCUGAGCCAGUUGAAGCAAGUAUUGAGGACCUGCAUGGCAUCCAAUAUGAGCCACCUGUGGAUGCUGUUCAGGCAGAUGCAAAGAACGUUAACAGCCCUUCAGUUUUGGAGGAGAAACUAGAUCGGGAGCUUCAGUACCACAAACGUGGUAGUUAUAACUGUGAGAACCAGCCUGACUUUGCCAACUGCUACCAUCACAAGAACUCAAAUCCUUUCCUGCAGAACAGCACAUCAGAUCACGUUAUGAGGCAACCAGAACAAGACAGGCCCUCUUAUGCAUCUUCUGUCCAUUCCUGGACAAAAACUGAGGCAGUUCAGCCCACUGGCCAUGAAGACACUUGGUAUCACCCUACUUCUGACCUCUAUGAGUCCAUGAAGUCUUCCAUACCUCCUUCACCCCACUUGCCAAUGUCUGCCAGCACCCCUUCUCUAACACAGUGUAACCCACAACAUCCAUAUUCCCACUACGACCGCCAGCAGUCCUGGCCAACUUAUCCAGUGUCUGAUACAUCUGCUCCUGAUGUCAAUCCUGGGCGUCUCCUGACCCCUUACAAGAGCAGCAUGCUACAAGAUCCAGGGUCUCUUUACAUACACAAUGCCAGCGGGAUCCAGAUUGGGAGCAACAACAUGAUGAAUAUCAGAGAUUACGAGUCCUGCCGAAGUUUAGUAUCUCCCCGUGCUGACGAUUCAGCUAUCCAGCCAUCUUCUAUUGAAGAAUUCAUUCAGAAAUAUGAGGACCUUGCUGUGACUGAGGAGCACCUGGAUCUGCUGAGGGAAAACAUCGGAGCUAAAUGGAAGUAUUGUGCUCGACGACUGGGUCUGACCCGUGUGGAAAUAGAGACCAUUGAGCAUGACUAUCGCUGCGAUGGCCUGCCAGAGAUGGUGCACCAGAUGCUGGAUAAAUGGAAAAUGAAGGAGGGAAGCAUCGGCUGCACAGUUGGGAAGCUGUGCCGAGCACUGAAAGGGAACAUAAAGGUAGAUGUCAUCCAGAAAAUAUUGGACACCUGCGGUUCUCCCUCAUUGAUCCAAUGAACUUCAUCUCCUUCAAAUAACUUUUUGGUUAUUAUUUAGUUAAAACAUUUUGGUUUUAUGUGCCAUUGGUUUGAUAUCUCACCUCAAACCACAACUUUCCUGAAAAAAAAAAAAAAAAAUCUAAUGAUUACCACAAAGCUCAUUUUCUUUGCGCUGUCUGUGAUAGCUUACUGAACUGAAUGAUCACUCGUACAGUUAAAUCAGUCAAACUUCUCUUCAUGAGUAAUAACAGUAAAUGUGAUCAUGGUUCAGGUUCCUCUGUUCAUGUAAUUUCCCAAUCAUUGUUCAUUUUGUGAUUCCCUGAAAGUAAUAAUGCCCUAAAUAGUUUUGAUAUGUAUAAAUGCAAAGCAAGAUUACAAACGUAAUAUUGUUCAUACAAACACUGUCAGGUGUUUUUUUAGAAACUGUGCUUUGCGAGAUAACAUUGUGGGGAAAAAGGUUUGUAUACGGUUCUGUAGCUUUAACAGAAUAAUUAAACAGCCUUUCAGACACAACACAGCACUACUGUGCUCUGAAACCUAUUAUCUGUGCUGCUCCAUGACGGUUUAUCACUCCGUUGAGCAACGCAGCGGACACCGCUCAGCACGCUGUGACUGUGCUGAACCCAGCAGCGGGCACAGCUCAGAUCACGUUACAUCUAUGAAGUCCUUAACUCAUAUUCAUGGACAAUCAAACAGUGUGUGGUACACAUUUAUUCCAGCCCAACACAAACAUAACAAGUCCAAACACAGAACAUGUACGGUCAAUGAAACUGCAAGAAAACAUAAGUAAUUUGUACAGAAGGACAGAAACAUCAAUCCAGUAUUCCCUUAAUACAUUUAAUACAUAUAAUGUGUAUUAUUGUUAUCAUCUAUGUGUCCAGGAGGGGUGAGUGGAUAAUAUACUGUAUUCUUGAGUAAAUAAAAUAAGUACUUCUCCUGAUA